AUGUCCUUUUCCAACGGUGGCGGUGGCACCUUGGCUUUGCCCUCGCCCACUCACGUUCAUCAUAUGGACCCAGCCUCUGUUCGCAACCUUCGACGGUCAAUGUCACGAUCCCCCACCAAGCUUUUCACACGAGCAAGAACAAACUCUCAAGGUUCAAACAACACGCGACAUGGUUCACUGUCUCCGACUCCGCCAGCUGUCGACUCGUCGUUCCUCGCCAGCGCCCCGCACCUAUCGCCUGUGCAGACACCCCUUCGGCCAGGCGUUAAGCUCUCGCUCCGAUCCGCCAAAAGCACAAAAACGGCGCCUGCUUCGCGCAUCACCCGAACACGAGCGUCCCCAAAGAGCCCGUUGAAACGCGCCUUGAGCGCCACUCCCGACUCUGGAAACUCUACUUCCUCACGCUCGCCGCCAUCUUCUCCUAGACCUAGAUUUGCAGGACAGGAAAACAACAAUAACAACAACAUCAACAUCAACAAUACACCCAGCCGCUCUACACUGCGCAAAAUCUUCGACAGAUCGACUCGGCAAAGUGUGCAAUUUGAUCUUACGGAAGCCUCUCAAUUCUCAUUUCUAAAAGCGUUGGAUUCAACGAGCGACUCUCCCAUGAUUCCGACAACAGGUGCUUUGAAGCGCAGCGACGCAACGAUGAACUUGGAUCAGUCAACCAAAGGCAGCCCCGUGGCCAAGCGACGACACUUGCAUGGCAUUACGAGCUCUGCGCAGACGGAUGAUCUCAACAUAUUUGGCUCAAGCGCAUCGCCGCCUGGAGCCUUUGAUAUACAUGAAGAUUCAUUUCCUGAGUACGAGCUGUCGGGCAUGGCGGGACCUGCCUUUCACCGUGAUCACCUAGCAUCUCCUUCUCCCGCAUCAAACAUUCCGAAACGAUCUUCAUCUCUCCGGAGAUCAACGCUGCAGCAGCGCUACGGCGAAAAGACUUCUUGGGGGAAGCAGUCUGGUGAGCGACAGCUUUCGCAGCCUGGCAGUGAAUUUUCAACGCCUGUUAGACGCCGGCCGCGACUUUCUACUGACUCUUUUGUGCCCCCAACAGCGGCUCGCGAGAAUCCCUUUGCGCCCAGCGCGACUGUCUCCAAAGCUGAAAGCAAAGAUCACCAGCCCCACCCGCUUUCCAAGACCCUGACCACUUCCACAUCUGGCAACAGUUUGACUGAAGAGCAAUCACUCUAUGCGCCUGCAAAGGUCGCCCACAAACCGCAUCCCUUUUCAAGGUCUCUCCCCCCUGGAACGCCAAACCAAUCUCACCAGCUCUGGAUCGGCGCAUUCAGCUCCACUGGCCUUAUUUCCAAAGUGAACCGAAAUCCUGAGGAGGAGGCCGACAAGAAAAUGGCGCCGCCUGAUACGCCGUGCAAAAAACACACCAACCCGUUCGCGACCUUUCCGCCGCCCUCUAGUUCUGGAAAGAAGAGAGCAAGCUAUCGCAAAUCGUUUGGCGGUGUCCCCUCUACCCCGUUUAACCCUGUCCUGGGUCGUGCCCCUGAUACCGUUGGCAACCCUUCAAAAGGCCUGUCAAUCUUCCAACGCGGUGGUGCUCUGGCCGCCCGCCGUGGAAGCAUCCUUAGCGUCGAUGGUGACGACCGGAAACUGUUUGGUGAUGGUGCCGACCUUGCAACCUCGACCGAAGGCGAUGCCUCUCCCACUCCCACUCCCACCAAAAACCUUCUAACGCCAAGCUUCAGUGGUCUGAGCAGCCUUAGUGAAAGUUCUCAGGAAAGCCCAAGUGCCAACCGAUCGUUUUUGUCCUCAACAGUCAAGGCAACACCCCCACGACCACGAGAUCUCAGCUCGAGCCCUGCCGAUGGACGACGCACUCCUCAGACCCCCCUGGAAACCUUUCUGCCAAUAGAUGCCAGCCGCUUAUCCAUCUCCCGAGCUGGGGACGGACGGAGAGAAACCAGCAUGCCACCACCGGUCACACCAACCACGAGCCGAGACUUCCGAUCGUCUAUGAGCAUCUUCGUCACGCCAGUCAACGGUCGUACCAGUAACGUGGAUGUCGAUGCCAGCCUGCACUCCAAGUUUGACAAGGUUGAGCAGAUUGGCAAGGGCGAGUUUUCUACCGUAUACAGGAAUUCCGUCAAGAGCCAAGUCUUUGCCGUCAAAAAGAGCAAACAUCCGUACCAUGGCCCCAAAGACAGGGACGUAAAGCUGCGCGAAGCUCGCAUUCUACAGGCUUUAUCACAUGCUGAACAUGUUGUGCAAUAUAUCGACGAUUGGGAGCAUAACUUUCACCUUUACAUCCAGACAGAGUUUUGCGAAGAGGGAACCCUGGAUAAAUUUUUGGCCAACAUCGGACAAGUUGGUCGUUUGGAUGAUUUCCGCAUCUACAAGAUCUUGCAGGAUCUUUGCUUGGGAUUGAAAGAGAUUCACGAAGCCGGAUUUAUGCAUCUAGAUAUGAAACCGGCAAAUAUUCUCAUUACCUUUGAGGGAGUCCUCAAGAUUGGCGACUUUGGAUUGGCCCAGGCUGUUUCUGAAGACGUCCGGGUAGAUAUUGAAGGAGAUCGCGAGUACAUGGCCCCGGAAAUGUUGGAAGGCAAAGCCGAUCAGUCUGCCGAUAUCUUUUCCCUUGGUCUCAUGACUUUGGAAACGGCGGCCAAUGUGAUGCUUCCCGACAACGGGCCUACAUGGGUUGCUCUCAGAUCUGGCGAUCUCUCUGAAGUACCCAGCCUCACUUGGACGCCAUCGAGCGAUGUCCAGCGGGAUGCUCUUGGUAACCCUGCCGACUCUGCGUCGAGCGAUGAUGUCCACACUGAGAGAACACGGAGCUCUGGCAACCUGUUUGGCUCUUUUAAGCGAUCGGAACUUCAGCAGCCUCCCGACUUUAUGGUUGAGGCCUUCCACCCCAGCUCCCUUGAUUCCAUUGUUCGGUGGAUGACACAGCAGGAGCCUGAAGAACGGCCACGCAUCGAAGAAGUCUUGGCAUUGGAAGGUAUGCAGUGGGUGGCAGAGCACCGCAAUGCGCCCGCCAUUGUCUACGAGGGAAACUGGGGCCCCUCGGAGCUGUUUCCCGUCUCCAUCGUCCACGACAGCGACCUCGAAAUGACAGAUGCCUGA